ACCACAGUAACAUCCUGUGUGUCAUGAUGUGAGGUUAGAUUCCACAGUCUCGGGCUGUGCAGAGUCGUGAUGUGAUUGGCUGAGGAGGGCACCAGUACUGAGUGAAGCAGAGGAUGCCAGAGUGCUCAGCCAGUGCAUGGACGGAUGCAAAGAGAGGGGACGACGCCGAGACCCUCCCCACAUCAUUAUUAUUAUCACAACUCUUAUUAUUAUUACAGUGAUGCUUUAACAGGUCUGACUGGGAACUUUUGCAGGACUCCUCUCCUGCGGGCUGAUGCAUGUCUGCGCACCUCGCAGUAAGUUCCAGUGUGAUGUUUUGGCUGCACAGUGUGAAAACCCCUCUCUCCGCCACUUCCAGCCGCGCGUCCGCUCACAGCCAGGAGUGACAUGGGCUCCAGGCUGACCAGGCAGAGGAGCCUCGAUCUGGAGAGCAGAUGGUCCAAGAGGAGACGACAGAGGAACGACGCGCUGGGAGAGGGCGACAGAAGUGGCGGGGGAGACUUCUUGUUCACCUCGCUGAUGCUCAGGUCCGAUAAGCUGCCGGGGAUGAUGCGCAGGAACAACCGCAGUCCGUAUGUCCGACGCGUGGCGUGGCUCCGGGAGAUCCAGAGGCUGCUCCGGGAGCAGAGGAUGGAGCAGGCGGCUGAAGUGCUCAGACUGCUGAGGAAGGACCUGGGCCUCCAGGGGACGUCGCUCAACGACAUCUUGUACAAGAACGCAGCUUUUCUCAACCUGGUGGACCCCAUUUCUCAUGAGCUGCUGCUCAGUCUAGCUCGGGACCUGCAGUGUCCAAAAAGGGAGACAGACUCCUUCAAGUCCACCAACAAGAUCUGUCGGCAGCUGAUGUACCACCUGACCCCUCACUCCAAGUGGACGAGACAGAGCGUGCCCAGGAGGAAGUCUCAGGCGUGUCUGAAGACCACGCUGAAGAAGAAAGUAUCAGGCGACGUGGUCAACCUGUCUGGCAUCCCACUGUCGGGCCGAGAUGUCCACCGCGUGGCCUUCUACCUCCAGAGCAGCAGCGACACGGUGACGGCCGUAGACCUUAGCUUCACUGAGCUCCAGGACGAGAGCUUACGGCUGCUGCUGCCUCACCUCGGCUGCCUGCCCAAACUCACCAUACUAGCUGUCAAUGGCAACCGUCUGACGGUGGCCAUCCUGAAAGACCUGACGGACACGGUUAAAGAUCCAAAGAACUUCCCCUGCCUGGCCUGGAUCGACCUGGGCAACAAUGUUGAUAUCUUCACCGUGCCACAGCCGCUGCUUGUGGCCCUGCGGCGACGCUUCGGCCUGCGCAGCAGCCUCCCCACCAUUUACGAGUUCAGUGAGGCGCAGGCGUUCGGUCACUACAACCCAAACAUGGAGACCUCUGUGGAGGAGCCCAGCCUGUGCGAGGAGGGCGAUGUGGAGGAGGACGACAGGGAGGAGGAGGUGGACAGGCUGGAGCUACGGGCCUGGGGCUUUGGUGAAGAAAAUGUGUCAAAAUCUGUUCCGUUGCACUUCUGUGGGAGGUGAUCGCUCAGAGCUGCUUCCUUUCAGAGGGACUGGUAUCCCUCUGAGUCACCUCGCCCUGAGUGUAGCCUCCUGUGUGAGCAGGUGCCGUCGUGGCAGAAGAUGAAUCCAGCUUCUGAUAAAAACUUUUAAAUAAGUGAGUGUGUUGUUUUUCCCUCUGAAUGCUGAAGUCCGGCAAUGUGAUGCAGACACUCAAUGAUUCCACCUCCAUUCACCCAGGAGAAGUUGGACUGAACUGAAUGGACUUGCUGUUUUUCGUUUUUUUGUGGAAGCUUCCUGUUAUCUGUCACUGUCCACUGAAGCAGCUGAGGGUUAAGUGCCUUGCACAAGGGCACCUCGGCGGUGGGUGUUAAAGGUUGGAGGGGGAGUCUUACUAAUUCACAUUCCUUGAGCACAUUUUUCUAUCCCUAACUUUGCUCCUGCUGCCCCUUUUCUGUGAAAAGUCAGAAUGAAUCAAAGCAACUAAAAAUCCCACUUAAGAAAAUCAAUCAGUUUAAUUUCUGCUCAUGUUUUUGCUUUGACAUAGAGUCUGAACCCACUCUCCUAUUCAAGUGAAUGGAAAAAUGAACUUCAAUCUACAGGAUAUAAUUUUAGACAGAACUCUGCAGUGAGACUACGUUCACAUAAAGAUAUGCCUCCACUUCUUCCUGUUGGAACACAUUAUUUACAAAAGAAUUAUUUUAAAAAAUAGCAACUUAUAGUAAAUAAAAGAAGCGUCCUGAACACAUCUUAAUUUAAAUCCUGAGCCCUGAUGCUCCAGUACAUGUGUUUGAUGUUUGAUGCAGCCUGAUACAUGCACACGACACCGACAGUGUUUGGACGCGAGCUGCUGAUGAACCGAUCUCCGCCUCUAUCAGGUCUCAUUAGACCCGCUCAGGCACAGACGGCGAGCCGCAGAUCUAUUUUUUCCCCCGCAAACAGGACUAGCCCCAAAUAAUUUUGUCCACUGGUGGUUCAUGAAUGAUUCUAUUUAUAAGUGGAAAUCAUAAGCAACAUGAAAUAUGCCCACUCUGUUUUAAAAGGCAUACACAGAGUUAUAUGAAUCCAUUACAAACAGCUGUUUUAUGUUCUCCUGUGUGGAGCUACAGUCUGCACAUUAAUCCUUGUUGUGGCAUGAAUAAAUUACAAUGUUUUAUUAACUGGUGUGUUUUUUUAGAUAUGUAGGUGUUAUAUUUUGGUAUCGUUUUUAAAACGUGGACAAGACUGUUUACUGUUGGGCAAUAAUCAGACCCCACAGACAGAGAGUGUGUUGCGUCCAAAAGACCUUUUCUCCUAUUUAAUCGAAAAAGGAAAGGCCUCAGUUUAAACUCUAGACUGUGGAGAAAGAUGGAUGCAUCUCUACGCAAACGCCACGAGGGAAUCAGAGUCCGCGCUCAACACUCAACCAAUCUCUAAACAUUCUCAGCUGUCAAUCAUGCUGUUUCAGCCCAUUUAAUAGCGUCAAACAAGUAAUUAAAACCAAACUUACUGGGAUAAUUAAACAUCCUGUACACCAAUGUGACAAGAACUACGUAAAUUGUAAAUAUGUCCCAUAUGCUAACCAGGAGCAAGCAGGACUAAUUACAUAUACUGCAGCCAGCCACCAGGUGGUGAUCGAGACGCUUUGGCUUCACUUUUGGGAGAUGUCGUCCAUCUUUAUAUAUAGUCAAAGGUGUAAAAUAUUAUUUCAAUACAUUUCCUGAAGAAUUUGAGAUUAUUUUUUGAGGGAUUUAUUAAAUAUUGCCGCAUGUGAACGCAACUCUGCCAGAGCCCAGGUCGUUUCCUGCCUACAGAUGUUUUCUGUCCAUGCUAAUGUUCAGGAAAAUCUGUUUAUUUGUGUUUACAGGGAUGUUAAUGAGCAGGAUGCUUGGUGUGUGUGUGUGUGUGUGUGUGUGCGCGUGUGUGUCUAUGAGAGUAUAAUUAGAGUGUGUUCUGGACACGCAGAGUAAAUUACUACCUUUGAUCAUAGAAAUGAAAUGUUUACUAAUUUGCACGACUCAUUUGCACAUGAGGACGACUGCACGAGCUUUGUUUUUUCAGGGGGAAGUUGUUGAAUUUUCACACAAAUCACUGCCAUGAUAAUAACAUUGGUACCAGUAGUUGAUUUUGUCCCCAUGAAA